AUCAAGAGUAUAGUAUUUAUAUUUUUUUCUAAUUCUUUUCUCAGUCGAGAAAAUAUGGUUAUGUCAUCAAAUAUGAAAUGAAUAUGUCACCAAAUUUUAAAACUUAAUUAAAUUAAUCUCAUGUUAUAAUUUAUAAACGUGACCCUCCUAUACUUUAUGUUCAAGUGCCGUCAGAAGUAUAGUUGAGCGGUCGACUUUGACUACCUGUUUUCAAAUGUCAUUUUCUUUCAACCUUUCUAGAGCCAACUGGUCAGAGCCGAUAUUGCUGUCAGUUUUGUUCAGUUUAGUUUUGGAGCUCAUUCUGUACGGAAUGAUUAUGGAAAACGAAAAAUAUAUCAUAUGUGCUGAACGGAUGAUAAUCCAAAACAUUAAGACUGUCUGCCGGGUCUUGACAGCUGGUGUAAGUUGCGAAAAGCUGAAACUUCUGGAGAAAAUUUAAAACUUAUUCAACAUCCUGCAUUAUUAUAUACAAAAGUCCAAGAGUAUGUAAAGCCAAUAUUUGAAGAUUUAUCCUGAGGUGAUUUGCUCGAAACAUGUUUGAGUGGCCAUACACAGAAUGCAAAUGAGAGUUUCAAUUCAACUGUUUGGCGUCUCGCUCCAAAAAACUUACAUUCAGGAUUAAAAGUCAUUGAAAUUGUCGUGUAUACAGCAGCUGGAUUAUUCAAUGAAGGAUAUACAUCUCUUUUACAACAGGUGAACCUACAUCAAAGAAGCAUCACCAAAAUCCACAGCCAAAGGAUGCGAUAUGUGCUUUAAACGAAUUGAAAACUGCAGCGGUAUACAAGUUAGUUGGUGAAACUGUUCCUAUAUUUACCAUUGCAGUACAGAUAGAUGGAAAAACUUAUGAGGGCAAAGGACGUACCAAAAAGAUAGCUAAACAUGCUGCCGCUGAACUUGCUUUAAGAGAUAUAGUGCAGUUCCGUAAUACACCAAUUAUUAAUAAGUGCCAGUUUGGUGUUUCUACCAGCGAUGUCACAAACAGAGAUAAUCAUCUUGUAAAUGUUGAUAUGUUAUCUAACUUUUCAACAUUUGGUCACUGGCAAAAACAAAUGACUUUGCCACAAAUUUUGGCAGAUCAAAUAGGAAAAAUAGUAAAUAAAAAAUUCACUGAACUUAGACUGAGUAAGCAGCAAAAUGCUCGAUACAAAGUAUUAGCUGGCAUAGUGCAAACAAACGGAUCGGAUGCCAAAUUAAUAUGCGUCACUACUGGUACGAAAUGUAUAUCUGGGGAUCAUUUAAGCUUAAGUGGUAGGGCUUUAAAUGACUGCCAUGCAGAAGUGAUAGCUCGACGAUGUCUCUGUGAAUAUUUGUACAAACAGUUGGAAUUGCAUACUGAAAAUCGAUCUGCAGAGUCUGUCUUGGAACGCAUAAAGAAGAGAUUUAGGUUGAAACAGGGAAUUCAGUUUCAUUUAUACAUAAAUACGGCUCCUUGCGGAGAUGCUACAAUAAUUUCUCCUCACGAAGAAAAUGUGGACAAAUAUCCUAAUAGAAAGGCCAGAGGUGAAUUAAGAGCUAAGAUAGAAUCUGUAUCAGGUACGGUAUCCGUGAAGAAUUACGAAAAAAUUCAAACUUGGGAUGGUGUUCUUAUGGGAGAAAAACUGCUGACGAUGUCGUGUUCAGAUAAAAUAGCUCGAUGGAACGUACUUGGUGUGCAAGGUGCACUUCUAAACCAUUUCAUUGAGCCAAUUUACUUCCAUAGCAUCGUUCUCGGCAAGUUGGUGAACCUUAGUCAAGUGUAUCAAGCUGUUUGCGGCCGUAUUGAAAAUACUAUUCAAGGUCUGCCACCAUUAUUCAGGCUCAACAAACCAUUGAUGAGUCGAACAACUUCGCCCAAAUUUAGGCAACCAAGCAAAACACCGAAAUACAGUAUUAAUUGGACUAUCGGUCAAAGCAAAGCAGAAGAAAUUAACUGUACCACAGGAAAGGACAAAUUGGGUAAACCCUCUAGACUUUCAAAGCAGGAGCUCUUCAGAAAGUUCUUCAGCCUACUAGGUAAAUUGGAAACAAUUGACGAUGUCGAUCAAAAUCAAUAUCGUUAUUACUUCGAUGCGAAAUCGUUGGUUCGAGAUUACUCUCUUGCCAAACGUCAAUUGAAGGACACUUUCGUACGCGCUCAACUUGGCAGUUGGAUUAAAAAACCGUUAGAACAAGAUAUGUUUGAGGUGGAUAUCUGACUGAAUAGGAUAAACUCUCAUUGUCAGUUAAGCGGAGUAUGUAGUUUCUACUGUAAAAUAGAUCACUCGUUUGGCGUGUUAUCUUAUGGCAGAAUUUGGCAUCAGUAAAGUAUAAAUGGUAGGAUGUUGAAAGCAAAGUAAUAUUUUGACUUCGUCAUCGCACGAUUCAACAAUAGUAAUAAAUGAUUGUAUUAGAAGUGUACAAUGAAAAUCGAUUGUUUUCAAUUGAGAUCGAAAACAGGAUAGUUAAGUUUCGGUACUUUUUGAAUUUUUUGAACUUAAAUGCUAUUCACAAAUGUUAGUAAAUUUUUGACAGUUUCCAUAGAUUGGUAAAUAGAUAAGGGUUAGAAGUUUCGUUUAAUAAACGUUAAUCGACGAAAAGAAUGCAAAAGUAUUUUAAAAAGAUUUUAUUUUUACGUUUCAACGGCGCGUCAUAAAAGAGAAAUUCAUGGAUAUUUUACGAUACAACGAGUCAGCACAUUUCCAUUAUUCUUCGGGGUACUAUUGUUAAACUUUGUCAUCGUUUUUCUAUUGUUAAUCUACAUUUUCUUAUUGUUAGACGAAAGGGAAAUUCAACGGAAGAUCCUUUUCCUCCCCCCUUCCUCUUUCCUCCCCUUUUAAUUCCCAUCUUUGCUACCUAUCCAUUUUUAUCGUGGUACCUCUAUGCAUCGUGGUUGGUAAGCUUGAAUAUUUCACUCCACUAUUUUUAUUUUCUAUUUUUUAACAUUU